AUGGACAGCAGCACUGACGCCGGCGGACAUGGGGAAGUGGGAUCACGGCCGUCCAUUGACAAACCCCCCAUCCUGGCCCCGGAUCCCGCUUUUGAUCGCCUCCCCGACGAGAUUAUCCAACAGAUCUUGCAGCUAACCGACCCCGACUCCUUUGCGUCCCUCGUCCUUCUCAAUUCGAAAUGGCGAUCUGUCGCCCAGCAGGCCCAGCUCUACGCCCUCCACCUCUUCAAAUGCGAAUCCUAUGCCUCGAGCCAUCCUCACUUUCGCGAAGCCGACGUCCACGAUGAAGAUCUCCCGCGCCUUAGGCGACUUUUUGCCAGAGAGGUCAAGCGCAACCUCUUCGAAGCAUACUUGCGACCUCGUGAGACCGUAAUAAAGUUGAUAUCCAACUCUAUUAGCUCCUCUUCGUGCCCUGGCGGCGAGGGAAUGCAAUUUAGCCCGUCGCCCCGCGGUCACCACGUCCUAGCCUACAACUCAUCUCGGAUCUACGUUCUCGAUGUGCGGGGGAAGGAUAUCGAUGUCAAGAGGGAGUUCAAGAUCUUGCGUCGUCCUGUUUCAACCUGUAUCAAGGACGACGGCACCAUGCUGGCUGUGUUGUCUUCCGAAAUGCAAGUCGACCUCUAUGACCUUGAGCAGUCACCACCGCGCCGCACCCAAUCCCUGAUCUUGGACCAUGCCCCGCGCACUAUUGCCCUCUCGCCGUGCGGUUCUGUCCUGGCUGCUGCGUACGAGGGAGGCAUUGAAGUAUCCCUGGUCAACCCCGGUGCGCUACCUACAGAUAGAAGAGCUGUAAAGUGCGACGGAGUCGACGCCUUGUCCUUCUCGUUCGACGGCACCCAGAUUCUCGGAACAACAAUUCACUCUUCGCCACCUACCACAGUGAUCCUUACAGCUCCGUACUAUGACCCUGGCAACCAAAUGGCCGACGAUAGCAUCAGCGCGCUUUGGACUACGUCUAUCUUGUUUCCCAAUACGAGCCGUGACUGCAGUCAUGCGGUGCUGUUGCAAGACUCUGGACAGGAAGAGGCGAGCUGGACGUUCACAUACGAUCGUAGCUUCGAGACCUUCAGGGCUGUUCGCAUUGAAGAUCUGAGGAACGGAACGACAUAUUUCACGGGACCAAAACCUGACCCAGGAUCCCAAGCCAAGCUCACACCUUGCACUCUACCCGCAGCGACUUUUCACGGGGAUCUUGUCAGCGCUGGGUUUCAAGGGAAAGAUAUUUGGCUUUAUGGUGUCCCCGAAGACCUCGACGCUGUGCCCGAGUUCAACUCCUCAGGCGCUGAUGGACUGUCAGUCUUGGCUGCACAAGGAAGGAGAAACAGCGGACCUCCAUCGCGCUCGUCAUCAUCCCGCGCGCAAGAAAACCCGCGGAUUCCUCAAUGGCAAAUGUUGUGCGAUAAGCUCCGCAACACUUUUAUCUGGGGUGCCAAGAUUGCCGAACUCGACGGUGUCAGCACGGUGAAAUGGGUUGCGGGAUUCGGCCAGACAUCGGCACAGGAGCGUCUAGUCAUUGCAGCCCGCGGCAUCUCUCCAGGAAAGUCUGUCGUCGAGGAGGACGAUAUUGACUUCAUCGAUGGCGGCAGAGUAACUCUGCUCGAUUUCGACUACAGUAUUGAAGAUGGUCUCCGAACGGAGAUUGAGAUUGAAGUGGGUACCAAAGAGCCCGAGGUGCUUGAAGAGGAGCAAAGAGACAUCGACACCGAAGUAGCCAUUGUGCGUCGUAGGACCGUGGCUCAGAAGCGGGGAGAUCGCGGUGCCUUGAUGCGUGCAGCUACGAGUGCUGCAGCCCGGAGUAACCCUUUGCCCUCAAUGCCACCGAUGCCGCCCAUGCCACAACCUAGAGAAGGAUCGGAACCCAGCAACGACAAUGGUGAGGAUGAUCCUCUGGUUCCAAGAAGAAUUGGAGCAACCCCACGGAUCAAUGUCCAAGAACCAUCCUCGCCUUCAGUGCCUGGGGCAGGCGAAACUGCCUCGAUGAUUGGAGAAGAAGAGGCAGAAGAGGCCGUGGAAGCGCCUUACUCGCAUGACGGACCCCGCUCUACCAACACUCUCCGUCGCGCCGCCACUGCUGCUGCCAUGAACCGAAGCCGCAACCCGCAGCCACCGGCCGCCGGACCAGUAGAGUAUCGGCGAGCUGACGGCCGACGCGAGCAUCCCCACGAGAGUGACGCUGACAACUGGGUUCCACCUCCGCCUCCCUAUCAAAAGGAUGAUCCCGGUGAUUUGCCGUCUUUCCUACGGAACGCUGUCAUCACACCUGGCGGCGUGCAGAUUCAGAGUCAGCCAGCGAGGACCCAAACAGCCGCACCUGCCAUCGGUGCAUCAGCAUGGGCACUUCCAACACGACCAGCUCUGUCGCAAACGUCGGGCCGCCCUCUGAGUUACCAGGAGCCGGUCACCAGCCCUCCGGCUAAUGCCAGCCACCAUCUGCGUAUAGCUAGUGACUCGACGCUCAUGAGCCGGCCGCGCACUGCAGACUCGGCAACUCGUCCGACGUCCAGCCCUUCGGCCCACGCUGAUCUUGACGACGAUAUUUACGACGUCUCACCGCCGGAUUCUCCCCGGAUGGCUGCAAGAAGACAGAGCGAAAUUGAAGCCAUGUCGCCAGAAAACCAGCGGAUGGUCAGCCAGGUUUCAGAGGCUCGGCCACCAAGUACUGAGACACAUCAAGAUUCUGAGGCAGUUUCUCCCGAACAACCGGUUGUCUCCCCCGCCCCGCAGCAGGUUCAGCCCCCUCCCUCACUAGGAUUGGAAAUUCCGUCGGCUACCUCUGCAAACACUGCGGAGCUGCGACAGUCGCAAUCAGCGUCUGGCACCGAUUUACCGUUGGUCCGGCGCCUUUCCAAUGCGUCAACCUGGCCUAGAUCUGCGCAGCCAGGUAACGGGCCUCAUCUUCGUCCAGAGGGCGGUCCCUUGAAUAGCCAUCCCUACUCUGCUCCUGCGACUGACGCAAGAGUUGAAGACAUUGUGGGAUCUGCACUACCGCCGUUCCCCAUGGCAGAUCAGUUGGCCAGUCUGAGGAACCAUGAGCAGCUGCCUCCAUCGAGACGCUUUUCUGGAAACUUUAGCUCAGUCCAGCGCGUGCCAGUCGGAAGCCGCCGGCCUGGAUCUCGCCGGGCGUCUGUGCCGCAGCCUGUCUUGCAGCCUGCUUCUCAAGCCCAGGAACAAGCUCAGGGCCAGAGUCAAGCUAUCGGCCCGCAGUUCGAAGACCAGCCGUUGAUCAUCAGCACGCCUAGCGGCGUCACUGGCGCAUUCGAUGCGCCUACUUGUCAGCAAUCGAACCGCAGGACUGAGAUGCCCUUACUGGCCCCGAUCCCGCGUCACCCACACCCAACUCAAUCAGGUCCGGUACAACCCACUGUGGAACGCCUCGAAACGAUCUACAGUGUCAACUCCACAAAUCGACCACCAAAUGCUGAAGCUUCUGGCAGCAGGAGUCUCAUGCCAGCUUGGCUACAAGCACCAUCGACGUCGUCUGCGGGUCGACAGUCGCAUUCAUCGGUGAACAGGAGGCCCAGUCGUGCCGAGCGGAGUGCGGCUAAGAACAUCAAGGAUGCCAAACGGCGCGGCUGGAAUGGCUCCCAAAAGAAGAAGAAAAAGAAGAAGCAGGUCGAUCAUGAGGUCGCCAGUUCUACUGCGUGGACAGAAGUUUCCACGUCUAGUAGAAAUGUAGCUCAUGGCAAAUCAGAGAAGGAUAAGAAAUGCAUUGUGAUGUGA